AUGACGGUGGCCAUGGCUUCUGGUAGCCUCGCAGCUUACCUUGGUUUGAAGCCGGCCAACAACUUGCUCGCCAUCCAUUCGAUUGCCAUCUUUUGUAACUGCGGGGAUCCUAAAGCUACGUCGCAGACUGCUGUUGAGGAUGGGAGUUCUAAUGAGACUGAUACAGUUCCUACUCCCAAAGUUAUAAUAGAUCAGGACUCAGAUCCAGAUGCAACUAUUGUAGAGAUAACAUUUGGCGAUCGCCUUGGGGCUCUUCUUGACACUUGCUCGAGUAUCAUCCGGAGUCUAGGCAGCCAAUUGGCCCUGGGAGCAACUUUUGGAGUUGAGCAACCUAAGCAGAUUGAUGUGGAUAUUGCAACCCAUAUAGAUAUUUACGAUGAUGGCCCUGAUCGGAGCUUGCUUGUGGUGGAGACAGCAGACCGUCCUGGGUUGCUGGUUGACCUUGUUAAGAUCAUCACUGACAUAAACAUAACUGUCCAAUCAGGAGAGUUUGACACUGAGGGGUUGUUGGCCAAGGCAAAGUUCCAUGUCAGCUAUAGGGACAAAGCAAUCAUCAAGCCUCUGCAACAGGUUCUUGCUAAUAGUUUGCGUUAUUUCUUGAGGAGGCCAACAACAGAGGAGGCAAGUUUUUAGAUAUUUUCAAAACCCAUACUCAGAUAAUAUGCUUUGAACAGGUUAAAAAACCUCAGCUUCUCCCAACUGAGUCUUGGGGUCACAAUCUAAAGAUGAUACCUGUCAUUUUGAUCAAAUAUUUUACUUCAGAAGCUUAGUAAUCUGUGCGAUCCAUCUGAGAUGCAUAAAUUGGAAAUGGUUAGUUUAUACAAUGGAAACCUUUUAUAAUAGCAGCACGGAAACUUUUGCAACUCCAAA